AAAAGCUGCUGUGAAUCAGUAAAAAUGUCUAAAGUGGAGAACGAGGAGGAACUUUGUGGACAACGCAAACUACUGGACGCUGUUUUCAAGCCUGGAGCAGUCUCCACUGACGUCCAGCUGCUGUUGGUGAGUAAAGAAGAGGUUCCCCCUGAGCAGCAGGAGUGGUUCUCCAGUCUGGACCAGGAGGACCCACCAGAGCCCCCACACAUGAAAGAGGAGUGGAGCCUCAGUCUGGACCAGGAGGACCCAAAAGAGCCCCUACACAUUAAAGAGGAACAGGAGGAGUUCUGGACGAGUCAGGAGGGAGAGCAGCUUCGAGGGCUGGAGGAGGCGGCAAUCAUCAAGUUCACAUUCACUCCUGUUUUUGUGAAGAGUGAAGAAGACGAUGAAGAAAAACCUCAGUCCUCACAGCUUCAUCAAAGACUAACUGAACAGACGAAAACGGAGGGUGAUGAAGAGGACUGUGGAGGACCAGAACCGGUCAGGAACUUAGAUUCAGAUAAACAUUUACAACCAACUAAUGAUGACAAGACUGAAGACUCUUGUGAACCUGAGACUGAUGACAGUCAUGAUUGGGAGGAGACCAGAGAUCUUCACAAUAGACUCCAAGCAAGAGAGAAACCAUUUAGAUGUUCAGUUUGUGGUAAAAGAUACCCCGCAAAGAACUCCUUAAUGACUCAUAUGAGACUUCAUUCAGAGGGAAAAUGUUUCAGCUGCCCAGUUUGUAAAAAAACAUUUCCAUGGAAAGUGGAGGUUGCGAAGCACAUGAGGGUCCACACAGGGGAGAAACCCUUUAUUUGUUCCGUGUGUGGUAAAAGAUUUGCACAAAAGACUCAUCUGAGACGACACGCAACUGUCCACAAAGGGGAGAAACCCUUCAGUUGUACAGUUUGUGGUAAAGGAUUUGUAGAAAGGGGAAAUCUGAAACAACACUUGUCUGCCCACACAGGAGAGAAACCAUUUAGUUGUUCAGUUUGCUGUAAAGGAUUUGUAGACAAAGGAAAUCUGAGGCGACAUCUGAUAAUCCACACAGGGGAGAAACCAUUUAGUUGUUCAGUUUGCGGUCAAGGAUUUGCACAAAAGACCCAUCUGAGACGACACUUGACUGUCCACACAGGAGAGAAGCCAUUUUGUUGUUCCAUUUGUGGUAAAGGAUUUGGAGAAAGGGGAAAUCUGAACCAGCACUUGAGUCUCCACACAGGGGAGAAACCAUUUAGUUGUAUAGUUUGUGGUAAGGGAUUUGUACAUCGGGGAAAUCUAAGAAGACACGCGAAAAGCCACACAGCAGAGAAGCCAUUCCGUUGUUCAGUUUGUGGUAAAGAAUUUGUAGAAAAGGGAACUCUAAAUCAACACUUGACUGUCCACACAAGGGAGAAACAAUUUAGAUGUUCCCUUUGUGGUAAAUUAUUUGGAGAAAGGGGACAUCUGAAGCAACACUUGAGAAGUCACACAGGGGAAAAACCAUUUAAUUGUUCAGUUUGUGGCAAAGAAUAUUUAGAUAGGGGAACUCUGAGACGACACUUGAGAAUCCACACAGGGGAGAAGCCAUUCAGUUGCUCAGUUUGUGGCAAAGGAUUUGUAGAAAAAGGAAAUCUAAAACAACACUUGACGGUCCACACAGGGGAGAAACCAUUUAGUUGCAGCAUCUGUGGUAAAAGAUUUACUCGUCAUCAUAUUUUCAAAAAGCACAGAUGUGCUGGUGAGAGCAGGGGAAGUAAAUGAAGCUGCAGAGAUGCUUUUUGAGCCAAUUGCUUCCAGCAGGAUUGAAAUAGAGUUCAAAACUGUGACAGUCUCAAAAAUAAGUCAUGCUUCACCUUUUCAGCUAAGAUGAAGCCAUAUGAUCGUUUUUUGGUAUUACAUGUAUUCAUUGAUUUAGAGUAUUCUCAGAGUAUUUUAUGUCACCUGUACAGCACUAUGGUCAAAAGACAAUGAAAUGAAAUGACUUCACUUACCUCCCAACAACACAUUUAUUUCUAAUUGAAUGGACUCUCCUGUUUUUUAAUUGAUCUCAUUAUGUGUAAAACAUGAGCAGUUGAUUCUUAAA